ACAGCUGAUCUAUUUCAAACAGGAAGCUGUUUACAGAUAACACUUGCAACUGUUUUGUCUGAUUUGUUGAACUGUCGAAAAGCAAAAGGCAACCUCUUUUCAAAUUAAAAACUGUCAGACUUCUGUAAACAGCAGCAAUGAGGUUCAUCUGUGCAGUGUCCCUGCAGGCUCAGCGUGUUCGGCAGUUCCCAUUUUCUCAGCGACCAUAAGGAGUCAGUGACCUGUAAGUGCUCAUUAUGAAGAAAGAUCUGGUUCUCUUGGUGACUCUAAUUAGCCUUGCCUUCCUGUCACUGCUAAGAUCUGGAUAUCCUCAACAUAUAGCAGAGGAGUCCUGCUCUGUUCAAAUUCUUGUUCCAGGCCUCAAAGGGGAGGCUGGAGAAAAGGGUGAAAAAGGUGCUCCAGGUCGACCGGGAAGAGUUGGGCCUCCGGGAGAAAAAGGAGAAAUGGGGGACAAAGGACAGAAAGGCAGCAUGGGACGACAUGGAAAAAUUGGUCCCAUUGGUUCAAAAGGAGAAAAAGGAGAUAAUGGUGACAUAGGACCACCGGGUCCUAAUGGCGACCCAGGCAUCCCCUGUGAGUGUAGCCAGCUAAGGAAGGCUAUUGGUGAAAUGGAUAUCCAAGUGGCGCAGCUCACGACAGAAUUAAAGUUCAUAAAAAAUGCUGUUGCUGGUGUGCGUGAGACAGAUAAUAAGAUCUAUCUGCUGGUGAAGGAGGAGAAGAGGUACGUGGAGGCCCAGCUCUACUGCCACGGGAGAGGAGGAACGCUGAGCAUGCCCAAGGACGAGCACGCCAACAACCUCAUCGCCUCCUACAUCAACCAAGCGGGGCUCWCGCGAGUUUUCAUCGGCAUCAACGACCUGGAAAAAGAGGGGAAUUUCGUCUACUCCGACCGGUCCCCCAUGCAGACCUUCAACAAGUGGCGCAGCGGGGAGCCCAACAAUGCCUACGAUGAGGAGGACUGUGUGGAGAUGGUGGCAUCUGGGGGCUGGAACGACGUGGCRUGUCACAUUACCAUGUAUUUUGUUUGUGAAUUUGACAAAGAAAACGUGUAAGCUCGCCUGCUUUUUCUUUAUUUUAAGAAAAGUUGUUUUUUUAAGCAGAUUGUAUAAGUUACCCCAUGUUCAUGGAGCACGAGAGAUAUUUUGCAAGUAUGGGACAUCAGUGUUGUACAGCUGUAAAUACAAUUUAGGUAUUUCAAAUAUCAAUAUUUACCCUUCAGAAGGGAAGAGCAAUGAUAAGUAAGACAGGGCUUGUUUUUCUUUAGGAAAAUAUAUGUAUUUAGUUAAAAAUGAGGCUGGAGGGUAAAUU